GCAAACUCUAUCAACCCGAGUUAAUGCUGCUAUAGUAAGGGGGCAAGACAGGCUCUUAAAAAUUCUUUUAAGACUAAAGGAAAAUCAGCAGGAAAAAAUGAGCCUUUCUUUUUGUGGUGACAACAUUUCUUCUUAUGACAUCAAAAAGGGUGUAUUACAAAAUGAGUGUUUUGUCGAUGCCCUUAACCUGGUCCCUCAUGUCUUCCUGUUGUUUAUUACCUUUCCAAUAUUGUUUAUUGGGUGGGGUAGUCAAAGUUCAAAAGUACAAAUUCAUCACAAUACAUGGCUUCAUUUCCCUGGACAUAACCUGAGAUGGAUUCUUACAUUUGCUCUCCUAUUUGUUCAUGUUUGUGAAAUAGCCGAGGGCAUUGUUUCUGAUGCACAAAUGGAAUCUCGUCACCUUCAUCUCUUCAUGCCUGCUGUUAUGGGAUUUGUGGCCACAACGACAUCAAUAGUUUAUUAUCACAAUAUUGAAACAUCAAACUUUCCUAAGUUGCUUUUAGCCCUCUUUCUUUAUUGGGUAAUGGCCUUUAUCACAAAAACAAUAAAGUUAGUUAAGUACUGUCAGCGUGGCAUGGGAGUAUCUGAACUUCGAUUCUGCAUCACAGGAAUGAUGGUCAUCCUCAAUGGAUUAUUGAUGGCUGUAGAGAUCAAUGUUAUUCGAGUUAGGAGAUAUGUAUUUUUUAUGAAGCCUCAAAAAGUAAAACCUCCUGAAGACCUUCAAGAUCUAGGUGUGAGAUUUCUUCAGCCAUUUGUGAAUUUGCUUUCAAAGGCCACAUACUGGUGGAUGAACACACUUAUUAUAUCAGCACACAGAAAGCCUAUUGAUUUAAAGGCAAUUGGAAAGCUGCCCAUUGCAAUGAGGGCCAUGACAAAUUAUGUUUGUCUGAAGGAUGCGUAUGAAGAACAAAAGAAAAAAGCAGCAGACCAUCCCAAGAAAACUCCUUCCAUCUGGUUAGCCAUGUACAAGGCUUUUGGGCGACCAAUCCUGCUGAGCAGCACGUUCCGCUACCUGGCUGACCUAUUAGGUUUUGCUGGACCUCUCUGUAUUUCGGGUAUAGUUCAGCGUGUAAAUGACACUAUGGAAGUGGCAAAUACAACAGACCGAGGUUCAAGUUCACUUACCUCAAAGGAAUUCCUUGAAAAUGCUUAUGUUUUAGCUGUUCUUCUCUUCCUGGCUCUAAUUCUACAAAGAACAUUUCUACAGGCUUCCUACUAUGUAACCAUAGAAACUGGCAUUAAUCUUCGUGGAGCUUUGCUGGCUAUGAUAUACAAUAAAAUCCUGAGGCUUUCUACAUCUAAUUUGUCCAUGGGUGAGAUGACUCUGGGACAAAUCAAUAACUUGGUCGCCAUAGAAACUAAUCAACUCAUGUGGUUCUUGUUCCUGUGUCCUAAUUUAUGGGCCAUGCCUGUUCAGAUCAUAAUGGGAGUGAUUCUGCUCUAUAACUUACUUGGAUUAAGUGCACUGGUCGGUGCAGCUGUCAUAGUUUUGCUCGCGCCAAUUCAGUACUUCAUAGCUACAAAGUUGGCAGAAGCUCAGAAGAGCACUCUGGAUUAUUCUACUGAAAGACUGAAGAAAACAAAUGAGAUCCUGAAAGGCAUCAAGCUUUUAAAACUGUAUGCUUGGGAGCAUAUAUUUUGCAAAAGUGUAGAGGAAACAAGAAUGAAGGAACUCACCAGUCUCAAAACUUUUGCACUUUACACAUCACUUUCCAUUUUUAUGAAUGCAGGGAUCCCCAUAGCAGCUGUUCUUGCAACCUUUGUGACUCAUGCUUAUACAAGCAAGAAACUCUUAAAACCAGCAGAAGCCUUCGCUUCACUGUCACUCUUUCAUAUCCUGGUCACACCACUCUUCCUGCUAUCCACAGUGGUCAGAUUUGCAGUCAAAGCGAUUAUCAGCGUCCAGAAGCUGAACGAGUUUCUUUUAAGUGAUGAGAUUGGUGAUGACAGCUGGAGAAGUGGUGAAGGUUCUGUAACAUUUGAGUCUUGUAAGAAACACACAGGAGUACAAACCAAAACUAUAAACAGGAAACAGCCUGGAAGAUAUAACCUGGACAGUUAUGAACAAUCAACCAGACGAAUUCGUCCACCAGAGACGGAAGAUAUUGCAAUUAAGGUGACAAAUGGGUAUUUUUCAUGGGGGAGUGGUUUAGCCACAUUAUCCAACAUAGACAUUCGAAUCCCAACAGGUCAGUUGACAAUGAUUGUGGGUCAAGUAGGUUGCGGAAAAUCUUCUCUUCUUCUUGCAAUACUUGGUGAAAUGCAGACACUGGAAGGAAAAGUUCAUUGGAGCAAUGUAAAUGAAUCAGAGCCUUCUUUUGAAGCAACCAGAAGCAGGAACAGAUAUUCUGUGGCCUAUGCAGCUCAGAAGCCCUGGCUAUUGAAUGCUACAGUUGAGGAAAAUAUUACCUUUGGGAGCCCUUUCAAUAAGCAAAGGUACAAAGCUGUCACCGAUGCCUGUUCUCUUCAGCCAGAUAUUGACUUGUUACCAUUUGGAGAUCAAACUGAAAUUGGAGAAAGGGGGAUUAAUUUAAGUGGAGGGCAAAGACAAAGAAUCUGUGUAGCCCGAGCUCUCUAUCAAAACACCAACAUUGUCUUCUUGGAUGAUCCAUUCUCUGCAUUGGACAUUCAUUUGAGUGAUCAUUUGAUGCAGGAAGGGAUUUUGAAAUUUCUCCAAGAGGAUAAGAGGACACUUGUUCUUGUGACCCACAAAUUACAGUACUUGACACAUGCUGACUGGAUCAUAGCUAUGAAGGAUGGUAAUGUUCUAAGGGAAGGAACUUUGAAGGAUAUUCAAAACAAAGAUGUUGAACUUUAUGAACACUGGAAAACACUUAUGAAUCGCCAAGACCAAGAAUUAGAAAAGGAUAUGGAAGCUGACCAAACAACCUUGGAAAGAAAAACUCUCAGAAGAGCUAUGUAUUCAAGAGAAGCCAAAGCACAAAUGGAAGAUGAAGAUGAAGAGGAAGAAGAGGAAGAAGAUGAAGAUGAUAACAUGUCCACAGUCUUGAGGCUCAGGACUAAAAUGCCAUGGAAGACUUGCUGGAGAUACCUGACUUCUGGAGGAUUCUUCUUCCUUUUCUUGAUGAUUUUUUCCAAGCUCCUGAAGCAUUCAGUUAUUGUAGCCAUAGACUACUGGCUAGCUACAUGGACAUCUGACCUUAAUGGAAAGGAUAAUAUAAGUGGUUAUCAGUCUUAUUAUGUGGCUGGAUUUAGUAUACUUUGUGGAACAGGUAUUUUCCUUUGCCUUGUUACAUCUCUCACUGUAGAGUGGAUGGGCCUCACAGCUGCCAAAAAUCUUCACCACAACCUCCUCAAUAAGAUCAUUCUUGGGCCAAUCAGGUUCUUUGAUACAACACCCUUGGGGCUAAUCCUCAAUCGUUUUUCAGCUGACACAAAUAUCAUUGACCAGCACAUUCCUCCUACUCUGGAAUCUUUAACCCGCUCGACUUUACUCUGCUUGUCGGCCAUUGGGAUGAUCUCAUAUGCUACCCCUGUAUUCCUGGUUGCUCUUGUACCUCUUGGAAUUGCCUUUUACUUUAUCCAGAAAUACUUCCGUGUGGCCUCUAAAGAUCUCCAGGAGCUGGAUGACAGCACUCAACUGCCUCUGCUUUGCCACUUUUCAGAAACUGCUGAGGGCCUCACCACCAUUCGAGCCUUUCGGCAUGAAACCAGAUUUAAGCAACGCAUGCUAGAGUUGACAGACACAAACAACAUAGCCUAUUUAUUUCUCUCAGCUGCCAACAGAUGGCUGGAGGUCAGGACGGAUUAUUUGGGAGCAUGUAUUGUUCUUACUGCAGCUGUUGCAUCUAUUGCCUCGAUUACUGAAACUUCUUAUUCUGGUCUGGUGGGUCUGGGUCUCCUGUAUGCACUUACGAUAACAAAUUAUUUGAAUUGGGUUGUGAGAAACUUGGCUGAUUUGGAGGUCCAAAUGGGAGCAGUAAAGAAAGUGAAUAGUUUCUUGACAAUGGAGUCUGAAAACUAUGAAGGAGCAAUGGAUCCAUCUCAAGUUCCAGAACACUGGCCACAGGAAGGAGAGAUCAAAAUUCAUGAUUUGUGUGUCAGAUAUGAAAACAAUCUCAAGCCAGUUCUUAAACAUGUCAAGGCUUACAUCAAACCAGGGCAAAAGGUUGGCAUAUGUGGCCGGACUGGCAGUGGAAAGUCAUCAUUAUCACUGGCUUUCUUCAGAAUGGUGGAUAUCUUUGAUGGAAAGAUUGUCAUUGAUGGGAUAGACAUUUCUAAACUCCCACUGCACACCCUACGUUCCAGACUUUCAAUCAUUCUUCAAGAUCCAAUACUGUUCAGUGGUUCUAUUAGAUUUAACCUAGAUCCUGAAUGUAAAUGUACUGAUGAUAGACUUUGGGAAGCUCUAGAAAUUGCACAGCUCAAGAAUAUGGUCAAGUCACUUCCAGGAGGUCUGGAUGCGAUUGUCACUGAAGGUGGAGAAAAUUUUAGCGUGGGACAAAGACAGUUGUUUUGCCUUGCCAGAGCCUUUGUCCGCAAGAGCAGCAUUCUCAUCAUGGAUGAAGCCACGGCUUCUAUUGAUAUGGCUACAGAAAACAUUUUGCAAAAAGUGGUAAUGACUGCCUUUGCAGACCGCACAGUUGUAACAAUUGCUCAUCGAGUUCACACUAUCCUGACAGCAGACCUGGUCAUUGUGAUGAGGCGAGGGAAUAUUUUAGAAUACGACACUCCAGAAAGCCUCUUGGCUCAGGAAGAUGGUGUAUUCGCUUCUUUUGUUCGGGCAGACAUGUAAAAGAGGGCCUAAAUGUCAUUUACAACGUUAAAGCAAAACUCAACUAUCAUCUAUUUAAUGGAGUAUCUUUUCUAAUCUUUGGGGAAAAGUGUCAUUUUAACUCUUUUUCCAAUUUGUAGCUAACAAAGAGUCCUUCCUAUAUGAAGGACACUUUUAAAAAUAAUAAAAAAUAUCACUUCACCAAAGAGCAUACACAUCUUCCCAGCCUUAGCUCGCCUACUGUUUUUUAUGUUUCUCCUAGAUAGCAAUUACUUCUUGUUGUUUCAUUGUCAAUACAGUAAUGAUGAGAAGGCCUUACCUUUGAGAAUGGCAGGGUAUAUUGGAACAGUUAGACUACCUAUGAGGAUAAAGUUACAAAGUCCUGAUUUGAUCUAACCUCAUCUUUGGUAAUUCUUUGCAGAGGAUUCUCAGCAACAUAACCACUUCAUUUGUAUUAAUAUAUUUUCAAGAACACUGAUCACAAAGCAUUCAUACUUUAUUAUUGAUGUCUUCAGAAGAUGAAGUAAGGAAAUAAAAAAGAAUUCACUCUCUGUAUAUUGUACUUUUACUACACUGCUUAAUCCAUACCGAUGAAUAGUUUUUCUCUGUCUCUAUCUCUUGGUUUGGCCUGUUACAAGGAAAUCAUCAAAUUUCUAGUAAAUAUUAAAUCACACUCUAAUUUAGCAAUCCUUGACUGACAAUUUAAGGAUUUGGAAAACAUACUCAAUCUUUCCUACAUCUAUAAUUAGCAAGAAGAGAGUUUAAUACAUCAAGAACACUUUCUUCUCCAACAUUAUAAGCUUCUUGAGGCUAAGCAUUAUGUUUCAACCAUCCUUAUAUCCUUCCAUAGCUUCACACUUCAUAAAUGUUUAAUAAAUGUUUGUUGGACAAAUUAAUUUCAGGCUUAAAUGUUAACUAGGAUAAAAAAUAAACUCUUAUUUGUUCAG